AUGCCGAACUCGCCACGGCCACCCGCCGCCGCGGUGCCGGGCUGCGUGGAGGGCAGGCGCCGUCACCGAGGACGUUCUCAUGGGACACACGUCCACUGUCCCGCUGCCGCAGCCUGCAGAACCAACCAAGGAGUCGAUACAGCCGGCUCGCUCAGGACCACGCCGCCUACCCUGCAGCCCAGUAUUCGACGGGCUCUGAGCAGACUUUACGACCAGUUGAAGGGCUCGGACAAGGCUCUCUCUGCGGCAGAUCUUCUGUUCUUCAUGGAAGAGGAGCAGAAUGAAACCCUCAACCCAUGUCUGAAGGAAAUCCCUUCCGGGCGUACGUACUCGUUCCAAGAGUUUUGCGACUUCUGGUAUGAGCACGCCAGCCACUCGAAACAACCGAUUGAUCUGGAGAAGGCGGACUUCGAUAAACCCAUAUCGAACUACUUCAUCAAUAGCAGCCACAACACUUACAUCGGUGAUGGUGAUCAGACCGACCUGCCACUCAUCAUCAGCCUGGAAGACCACACCACCGGCGACCAGCACAAGGAGAUGGUCAAGAUCAUGAGGGAAGAAUGGCCAGGCCUCCUGCUAGAGGACGCCCUGCCGGGGUGUGAUCCCGAGACGCAGCAACCAAGGGUCGUGGAUCUCAAAAGGAAAAUACUCAUCAAGGGGAAGAGGAAGACGCAGAAAGGUGUUGCUAGAAAACCCGCGCUGGUGCGCAAGGCCCCGCCAACUCACAGCAGGCCUUCCGUCUCUGGGCCCUCACUGAAAGAGAAGAUUGGCCAAUUGAGUGCGAAGGAGUACUACCGCGCAGCACAACAGAACCCCUCGUCUCCGGAAAAGCAGCAAGUCAGGGACGAGAAAAUCUAUAACACAGUGGAGAAGUUGGCCAUAUAUACAUACAGCGCUGGGCCAUUCAAGUCCUUCAACUCGAAAGACUCCGAGAAGCCAGCCCACAUUUUCAGCUUCAGCGAGGAAAAGUUGAAGGCGCUCCACAGGACCAAACACAAGGAUGUCUUCCAGCACAACAAGAAGUACCUGGCAAGGACGUUCCCUGCGAGCCUGUCGGCGUUCCUUUCGACCAAUCCCAACCUUCCAACAUUGUUCUGGAGGAAAGGUGUUCAAAUGGUGUCGCUGAACUGGCAGUCCUGGGACACGGCGAUGCAUCUCAACGACGCCAUGUUCGAUGAUACCCAUGGCUGGGUCCUCAAGCCACCGGGGUAUCAGUCGGACUCGUCGGCAACCUGCCAAGCCCAUGUCGCAGGGAAGAAGAAGCUCAGUCUGCGUGUCACCAUCUUGGGAGGGCAGAACAUCCCGAUGCCGCGAGUUGUGGCCGUCGACGACUCGGCCGGGAAGUCGAGCCGGAGCAUCUCAUCUACGACGGUAACCGGCGACUCAGAUGUGCGCGUGGUUCCAGCCACGCCUGUGGUCCAUGACAGCGAUUUCCAUCCCAAGGUCAAGUGCUACCUGCACGUCGAGAGCCAUGGGGAGAGAAAUCACAUCAAGAAACUCGGCGAAGAUGAGAUCUGCGUGGAGACGAAGCCCGCCGAAACCCAAAAUCCCACUUGGCGGGAAGAUGAAUCGAAGUUACAGUUCCCGAUAGUGAGCCACGUUGUCGAAAAGUUGAGCUUUCUAAGAUUCAGUGUCGAACACAACGGCCUCAUCAGGGACCAGGGUACCGCAUGGGCAUGCAUACGGCUUGAUAGGCUGCAAGAAGGAUACAGGCUCAUCAAUCUCAAGGAUCCAGCCGGUGGCCUCACGGAGGGAAUGCUACUCGUCAAGGUCGAGAAAACUAUUCUGGAGGAGCCCCCUAGGCCGCUGUCGCUGAGGGCAAAGACAUGGGAGGCUUGCAAGAAAGGGAGCGAGGAAGUGACACGUUUGGGUUCGCGAUGGUCAUGCUUUGGCCAAGGAACAAUGUGA